AUACAAGUUAUACACUUAAUUUACGCAACAUGUUGUUACAAUUUUUGAAAGUUUGUGUUUUCCUUGUGAGUGAAAGGAAAUAGGAAAUUGAAUAAGUUAAUGUUAUUUGAUAGUGUAGAUUUUUUGGGGGGAUAAAAAAAAAUUCUAACAAAGAACGAGAAGCAGUAAAUUGAGGAAGGCUUUAUUCCAUUGUACUAGUUUCCUCCAGUUUGUGAAUAUUUUGUUGGUGACUACUAUGUAGAUAUAGACAGCUUUUCGCACUUUUGGAAGAUAAUGACCUUUUUCGAUGUUUGAUGUUGAAGAGUCCCCAAUCCCUGAGCGGAAACGGGAACAGGUGCCAUGUAUGCUGUACCCACCGACGGUGCUAAAUGAAUAUAUUAAAUGUGUUGUUAUUGGUGACAGUGGUGUCGGAAAGACCCAUCUGAUAACAGCAUGGGCGUGUAAUACUCAUUAUAAUCUAGAGCAGCUGGUGAAGACUCAUGUCUCCACAGUGUGGGCCCAUGACCACUACCGGAAAGAUCCAGAGAUACUGGAGAAAUCAGUGGUGUCUAUAGAUGGCGGUUAUGUUGCCUUGAGAUUAUGGGACACAUUUGGUUACCAUGACAAAGACAGAGGAUUUGCUUACAAAGGGGCAGAUGUCAUCUUACUGUGCUAUAGUGUGGCGAUGCCACGGUCACUCAACAAUCUACGCAAAAUUUGGAUUCCCGAGAUCCGACGACGAGCACCAACGACCCCAGUGGUUGUUGUAGGCUGUCAGACUGAUUUACGGUAUCUAUAUAGGGACGAGCACUAUCAAAAGAUUCAUAAAGGAUUGAUGUACAAAGUUGUUCAGGAGAAGGACAUUGUAACACCUGAGAUGGGAAGGUCUGUUGCCAAGGAAAUUGGAGCACCUUAUUAUGAAUGUAGUGUUUAUACCAAAUAUGGUAUCGAAGAUGUCUUUCUAAACGUUAUACGGGCUGCGAUGGUGGAAAAGCGUAAAAUACGCUUUUGGAGCUCGUUUUUGCGACGUGUACAGUACCCACAGAUACAAGCACCUAUGAAAUUACCACCACUUCUGCUGCCAAAAAUAGAAAUUCCCGAAGAGACAUUACACGUUGAUUUGUGCGAGCUGCUGCAUAAUCAGUCGGAGGGUGAUGUUGUGUUCCUUGUUCGUGGACAAUGUUUCCGCGCACAUAAAAUAUGCUUAGUUGUUAGUGCCAUUGUGUUUGAAAAUCUAUUUUUAGGAAAUGAUGCAAUAGUUACGGACAAUGCAAACAAGGUGUUGAAGCGUUCUCUAUCAUCUCAUGGAAAUUCAAAUGUAAAUGUAACAUCUAGUAACGAUACGAAAUGUCGUAGAAGUUCCGACACCAUUGGUCCAGACAUGAUAAACACUAGAAAAGAUUAUUCAAUUUUAGUGCACUCGGCCUUUUUAACUAUAGAAGAAAACAAAGCAUGUGAUAAUCCAUUUAAACCAGGGGAGGUAAUUUAUCAGACUGUCGUUACAUUAAGAAAUGAGAUUACUCCGCGGGCAUUUCAGUACAUCUUGGAAUACCUGUAUACAGGGUCAGUACGUGAAGAUUUUGAUGCUUUCGAAGAGGUUUUAGUUGCAUGUGGACUGCUGCAUUUGACAGAUCUUGCAUUGAUGAUAUCAAACUUGACAGGAAGUGAAGAGUAUUUGAACAUGGAGUUAGAAAAACAGUUUAAAGAAUACAGGAAAUGCAAACUACGUGAAAUCGCAUUGAAAAAGGAAAGGUUGACAGAUGUGAGGUUUCUAGUGGAUGACGGUGCAAUACGUGCCCACAAACCGUUGUUAAUGGCUCGAUGUGAAAUGAUGUAUGCCAUGUUCAAUGACAAUUUCAUGGAAUCUUCAGCUGAUUCAAUUGUAUUGCCUGGAGUCUCAAGGGAUGUGUUCUAUGCCAUCCGAGAGUUCCUGUACACCGGUGAGUGCACAAGUGGUGCUACGCUGAACUGUCUCGGCAUUAUUGAAGCUGCUAAUAGAUUCUGCUUGCCAAGGCUGGUACGGUUGGUUGAGGCGAGGGUUUGCGAGGAUCUGACCGAGGCUGACAAAGAUGGUGAGGAUAUCAUUGAGGAUGUCAUUAAACUGCUGGAACCAGCUCAGUUACACAAUGCUGAACUGCUGAGUGACUGGUGUGUGAAAUAUCUGUGCAACCAUUUCCUAGUGAUCAAACAGAAGUACCUUAAACUGUUCCAUAAACUCAGUCCUGAAAACAUCAAGUUUAUUGACCGAAACAAAUGGCCACCAGAGUGGUACAUGAAGGAGUUGACCUACUUUGAUCACGUUCAGGCGCAGUCGCUUAAGUCGAAGAAAUCAAAGAGAAAUUUCCAGCAGAAGCAGCAGUUCUCCAGGGUAGAUCAGUGUACAAAUGCUGCUAGUUGUUUGUGUUUCUGCCGACGCAGCAAAAUUGUGGUGGAAGAGAGAGAUUCAGAAUCGCCAUUUGAUUCCGUAGAGCCAUAAUUUCAUUUAAAUGUCCUUCAAACUACAGUUGUGUGUUCAUACUGAUAGCAUCACUAUUUGAUAGUAUAGUCAUAAGUGCUGAAGUUCUAUGAAACUAUGGUCAUACUGGAAGUUAAUUUAUGAUUGUAUAGUCAUUAGUGAAACUAUGGUCAUACUGAAAGUCACUGAUUGUAUAGUCAUUAGUGAAACUAUGGUCUAUAUUAUAGUUAAACUAUGGUCUAUGUGCUGUAUGAAAUAUAGCAUGUGUUGAAGCAAUGGAUGAUAUGUUUGAAUCUAUGGUUACUAGGUGAAUAUAAAAACUUGAUAAUUUUAUUCAGGUAUUUAAAGAUACAAAGACCUGUGGAGUGUUUUAAGGCAUCGUAUAUCAAUGAUACCUAUCAAUUUAUUUUCAUGCAAACAUCUAUAGCUUUAUCAAACCAUAAUGUAAAAUGCAUGAGUGCUAUCAACUUAAGAUACCUUACCAAAGCAUUUUUGUAUCUUUCUUAAUUUUACUAAAUAUGUGAUAGAAAAAAAUGGGUUUUUUUCCUGCACAAUUUUAAAGAGUUUUAAUCAAAACAGAAUUAGAAUAAUUUAGGUUUAUUUAAUAGUUUAUAAGUCAUUUCUGCUGUUACAAUAAGCAAUAAAUGAGGGUAUGUUUUUAUUAAAAAUACAUUUGAAUGAGUUAUUUUUUCUUGCCUUGUCAAUACAGCAAUACAUUGUAUAUAAAUUGUUGCAUGUUUGGACAAAUUUGUCAUAUAUUGAAAGCUUUGUAGCUAUAUAUUCAAAGGUACACAACUGUGUUUCUUUGUUAGUUUUGACUAGGUUGCUUCCCUUUGCAAAUAUUUUUAGGGGAAGUUAUUUGUAACAAAAUAGCUUUAAGUUUAAGCUGUAAGCAUUGUUCUUUUCACUGGAACUUGUUAAGGAUUUCUAAGAAUUUUGUUUAUAGGUUAAUAUAGCUGAUUAUUGACCAUUUCAAAUUCAAAUUGGACAAUCAAAUGUAAGAAUAUUGUCAGUAUGGUCAAAAAAUCAGGUUUUAUUAAUCUGUGGACAUAUUCUUUUCAUAUGCAAGCUCGCUUAAAAUAGGGUAAAUUUUUAUAUAUGUUGUAAUUUAAAGAUGUAUGUGAAUUAGGUAGUAAUGGUUAAGCAUAUUAUGUAUUGUAUACAAGUUUUCUUGGUAUUUAUUGAGGUGGUCUGUACAAGUAUUAGAAGGUACCUUUUUACAAUUUAAAAUCAAAUUGAGAUUAGGUACCUUUUUUGCCUUAACUCCCUUAGUUUAGUAAUUUUUCAUAAAACAAAAAUUGUAAAUGAUCUUGUUAUGAUAAAUUAACAAAUUUUUUGAAUAAUCUGCUUAUUGAUGAAGCACAAAAAUUAUAUUAACUUAAAAGUUGAAUAAAUCCAGUUAAGUAAACAUGGUUUAAAAAAUCAAAACUUUUGAAAAUACUUUUUUUUGAAAAAGUAUUAUUUUCGACAUUCAUGUAGUGCUCGGGAAAGGUUAUGCAAAAUAUGAAAGAAAUUACUAUUUUUACUUUCGUAGUAACUGCUUAUUUUGCAUAUUUGAGAUGUCCUCACCUUAGUGCAGUAAGGGGUUAACUGGUAUUAUAUUUGAUAAGAAGUUAACUCUAUACUGCACUAAAGUCAGAAUAUCACACUUACAGUUGCUUACUUGAUGGUUUUACCUACAGUCCCGGUAACAGUACCAUUGAUAUUUGUAUAUACCAGUCUAAGGGAUAUGAUAUUGACCACCAGCGUGUUAAUGAGUGAUGCUAGCUCAUACUACUUCUAUUUGUUUAUUUGACACUUUUGAUACAUGUACAAUGUAUUGUUUUUUUAAUCUAAAUUUUUGUAAAAGUGACAUGAUUCUGGAGGGAAAGAAUUCCAGGCUAUCUGAACAUGAAACAUGGAAUAAUGAUGUUUUUAAUUUUCAGACAGAGUAAUGGAUACUAUUAAAUUGUUUAAUAAUCUUUUAAACUGUAUAUAGUACAGUACAUGUAGUAUUCAUAUGUUUUUUAUCUACACCAGGGUUAUAGAACUUAGUUAGAUAAAUUUUAUCUGCACUAGGGUGAUAGAACUUAGAUAUAAAUCAUGUUGAUACUAAGGUUAUUAUAGAGGUACAUAUACAGACAAUGUAAUUGCUGUACAAAACAAACUGGUAAUACUUAGUAAAUUUAAAUGUUGAUAAACUGUAUGUAUGCUAAAUUUAAAGGCACAUUAUGUCUCGAAAACGAACAUUUUUUUACUUCUUUAGAAAGAAAGAACUUGAAUUUUAUAAUGUUGAAGUAAUGGAUUUAAGCAUGUUAGAUGCUUAUAACACGAAAAAGUAGCGCUAAAUGUGAAAUUAUUUGUCAUGAAAGUAGCAAAAUAAGUAAACAAAGUUGUAUUUUGACUUCCAUACAAAAUACUAAAUCACUAUAAGUACCCUAAUG